GAGAGCCUCACUACUAAUUUGCCGCGUCCAGUCUCCGUGCGCUCUUCUGUAGGCUAGCUGCUUUGGAAAAUCUCCUGACUUUCUCCCCUGAAUUUUAGAGAUGGAGUUCCCCACUUUUCCUCCCGACGCUCUCGGUGAUUUUAACGAGCGCUUCUCGGUCUCCAUAACUCCUUUCAACGUUACGUUCUCCGAGGAUCUGCUGCGUGUGCCUUCAAGUAGUAAUGAGACCAACCGGGCUGCGAGCAGGGACACUUCAAGUCUCAUCAUCGCCGUCUGUAUCACGGCUCUCUACUCUCUCAUCUGUGUGGUGGGACUGCUGGGAAACGUGCUUGUAAUGUACGGGGUGGUCAGGUACACCAAGAUGAAGACCGCCACCAACAUCUACAUCUUCAACCUGGCUUUCGCCGACGCUCUUGCCACCAGCACCCUCCCCUUCCAGAGUGCCAAGUACCUGAUGAGCACAUGGCCCUUUGGGGAGCCAUUGUGCAAAGUGGUCAUCGCCAUUGACUACUACAACAUGUUCACCAGCAUCUUCACACUCACCAUGAUGAGUGUGGACCGCUACAUCGCUGUUUGCCAUCCGGUGAGGGCCCUGGACUUCCGCACGCCUGCCAAAGCCAAACUCAUCAACGUCUGCAUCUGGAUCCUCUCCUCUGCCGUCGGAGUCCCUGUGAUGAUCAUGGCCAUUACCAAGGUGACAGAUAAAGGAAACACUGCCUGCGCACUCAGAUUUCCCAAACCAGAGUGGUACUGGGACACAGUGAUGAAAAUCUGCGUGUUCAUCUUCGCCUUUGUGGUUCCCGUCCUGGUCAUCACCAUCUGCUACGGUCUGAUGAUCCUGCGGCUCAAGAGCGUUCGCCUGCUGUCUGGCUCCAAAGAGAAGGAUCGGAACCUACGACGGAUCACCCGCAUGGUCCUGGUGGUUGUGGCGGCCUUCAUCAUCUGCUGGACUCCCAUCCACAUCUUCAUCAUCGUCAAGACCAUGGUGGUUAUUGAUCACAAGAACCUUCUGGUGGUGGCCAGCUGGCAUCUGUGCAUCGCGCUGGGCUACACCAACAGUAGCCUCAACCCCGUGCUGUACGCCUUCUUGGAUGAGAACUUCAAACGGUGCUUCAGGGAUUUCUGCCUGCCCUAUCGCUCACGCCUGGAGCAGAAUAGCUUCUCUAGAGCGCGUAACAGCACGCGGGAGCCUGUGUCUGUUUGUGCUCCUGCGCCAACAGAGAGACCACCGGCCUGACUAGGCAUGGAUCAGUGGGAGGGGAGAACAGUUCAAGAUGACCUCCAGACUGAGGUCACACAGUUUUCCACCACAGGAGUCUGAGUCUGCAGAUGUAUUGAUCUACCAUUUAUGUAAAUGAUCGAUUGUGUUUUUGGUUUUAUAUAAUGAAACUCCUUUGUCCCAAUAGGUUCGUGAGACACAGUUCUUUGAGGAUUGUCUUUGGAUGAUCACAAACACGCCUGUGCUUGCCUGUGCAUUAGGAAAUUCAAGUGUACACACGUGAAUAAAGCAAAAGCAUAAUGCAACCAUAUGAACAAACACUCAGUCAGAAAGUAUUGGGACUGCGUUGUGUUUUCAGAACAAUAAGAAAAAAGGGGGUUAAAGUGCUGACUUUGUGCUUUAAGGGGGUUUGUAGGUCCUCACAUCCAUAUUAGGUGAACAAUGUAGGACUCAUAGCCCUGUGCUUACACAAUCCCACAAUGAUCAAAUUGUCAGGCGGGACAUCGAUCCUAAACACACAGACAAGGCCACCAAGGAGUCUUUUUAUGGCCAGGAAGUGGCCGGUGUAUACUUGGCCGAGUCGGCCGCUCGACCUCAGUCCAACCUAUCAUGAGUUUCAUUUGAUGAAGACCAGACUGACACGGAAAAUCCCCUGUAGCAGGAAGAAGUGAUGAUGGCUGCAGCACAGCAUUGGCAGAGCGUCAACAGGCAGGAUACUGCUGUCUGCUGAUGUCUGUGGGUCACAGACUUGAGCUAUCAUUUACUUGCUGCUAAGUAUUACACAAUAUUACUUUAUUUAGAUUUAUGUUAGCUUUCUAUUCCCUAAAUUAGGAAGACCACUUGUGAAGGGCUACAAUUCAGGUACACUUUUAAUGUGUCACCUUCAAUUCAACCUGAGAGAACUACUUUUUGCCCUCUUGUGGGCAGAAACACAACAGUGACAUAUUGUGCACCAUUGAAAUUGAUAUGAAGAACUUGAUAGCAAACAGUUGUUUAUUUACACAUCCAGCAGUUAUGUUAUUAUCAUCGAUUUGGAGUCGUGUCUCUGGCUACUUGACAAAUAUAAGUUGAAUAAUUGCUCUUCUUUUUGCUCUAUUUUUGUUUUCUACCAACUGAGGGUAACAUCUGGCUCUUUAGCAGCUGAAGGCUCCACUAUGUUCACCUUCUAGGCUCUAAGUGUGGCUGUCUGCUGUUUGGUUGUGGGGAGGUAGUGUCAGUUUUUAGAGCCUUUUUUGCUGAAAACAGCUGCCUUCUCUGAGUGAAAACAACACAGCAGCAGUUAGAGUGAAUCAAAAUAAAAUUGGAGCCUAAAAACCAAAACAACUGAAAGACGCUAUAACGCUCCGUAGCUGUAACUAUGAACAACUCCUUUUACAUUCCACAUUGUCAUUUGAUCCAUUGUUGACAUAAAAAGAUUUUUUAUAGCAGCUUUAAAGUUGAGUUUACAUUAAGCCAGGACAUUAACCUCAUGUGUUUAAUUUAGUGUGCUGGAGAACAGCACGAUGAAAAAUGUGUCUCUGUCCUAAUACUUUCUGCUCUGGAUAUCUAGACUGGUAAUAGUAUUGUCACUCAGCCUCACUGGGGAGGUAAUGAAAAUCCAAUAAUGUGAAUGUUUAGCUGAGACUACACUUUCAUUGUCUCUGGUAUAUUUAAUUUAAAGGAUGUAUCGAAUUUCAUGCUCAUUCUUGUGAUGGUAAUAGGAGAAAUAAUUACUGACAAAGGUUAGACACACAAUAAGAACAAUUUUAAAGGAGGUGAAAUUCUAUACGACCACACUGACGACAUGUUUCAGCGUCUCUUUUUUAUCCAUCCAAUACAUGAUGAAAGAUCCUUGUGAAAGAAUAUGGCCUUCAUGAUUAAGCAGAGUUGCCUGGCACUUCCAGCAUGGAUUACCCAUGAACAUCAUGUGACUCAUUGUUUCCGCAGUUUGGUUGCUCUGGUUUUUUUUUAAUUUUUGGUUUUGUUUUACACAACCAAAACAUUCAGCCGACAGUGCACUGAGGAAGUGAGGGGGAGAGUGCCACUGCUCAUAGUUGUGACCUUAAACUGGCACAGACGCAAGUCUGAAUGGAUCCAAUGCAUUAGCAAGCAACACAAAGCUUCCUAUACAUAAUACAGCUAAUGGACAAUUUGGUUGGACGAUUGCAGGAGGAGAUUAACGCAGUGAAAAUACUUUUUUGGGGCACAUUUUUAGAGAACAGUCAAACUGAUGCCUCUCAUCUUUCAACAGCAGCAAUGCAGUUAUGUUUAAAAAAGCUCUCUAUAUAUGAAGUGUAAAGACGGUAUUGUUCUGUAACAGCAUAUUGAGUGAUAAUGUGAUUUAUUUAGUUUCAGUGUGCUCUCAAGCUGUUGUAACAUUAAUCUUCACUUGUAACCUAUUAGUAAAAUCAACUGUUAUAUAACAUAAUAUGUCUUUACACUAAGUGCUAUAAAUGUAAGGUGAAGCAUCAUAAAUCUUUAAAAAAAAAAAAAAAAAAAAAGGUUCCUGUUUCCUGACUGGACUGUCUAACUUUGUAUCACCAUCACUGUAAGAAGAGCAUUUAUAAUUGUUUUCUGCAGUGUGGUCACUGAAUGAAUGAAUAUAUGUACCGUAAUGCCUUAUUCAGCAUUAUGAACUUGUUUUGUAGAGAAAAGUGUUCGAUCUUUAAGUGUUUUCACAUCUUGUGUUUCAGCAGUUACAGUAUAUAACGUAUCUUAUUGUAUAGGUGUAAUAACAACGUUUGUCUUUUGAAAACAACUGUCAUAUAGAAUAGCAUAAGUUGUAUCUUACAAGUGCUUUUAAUUUGAAAUAUUGUUGUAAAUAACUUUCAGUUUUAAUCCAAUAUUUUCUUUUUUUGUAGUUGUUACAUUUGUUGUUAACAUUUAUACUCUUUGUAAAUGCCAGUGAGGCCUCGUGGGAAUUAGACAUUUGUUCAAGAAUGGAUUACUGAUCGGGGGAUGUUGAUUGGGGGGGGGGGGGGGGACUGGUUUGUUUGACCUAGAGUCCCCAGGCCCCAGGGACAAAUAUGACACAUCUGAAGUGUGUGUAAAAAAAGUGUGGGAAUAAAUGAAAGCACAAUAAGAAAUAAGUCAGGGAUGAUACCAGAUGAUGGUAUCAUUGUUUUACAAUGUAUCACUUAAAGAAUAAGGCAGGUGAUAUUCUAUAUUUUUGUUAUUGUCAACAAAGACCAAGAACAACAAUGCAUUAGUCCGUCUGUGACUUUCAGUCCCAUGACUAUUGAUUCCUCCCAAAGAUAAAAAAAAAAAGUUACUUUCAUUUAAAAAAUAUUUUCUGAAAAUAGCUGGGCAUUGUAGUUUUUAAGCACAUUGUAGUCAAACAGGAGUAAAUCAUGCAUUUCUUCAAUUUCCAGCGGUGUAUAGUUUAAACUACAGUUUAAACUACAGUUCCCACAUUGAAGGUAAUGAAGGAAAAUGUCAUCCAGUGACUGAUGUGUUUUUAAUUGGUUUGGACAACAAUGAAGCUGGGACACAGAGGAACAAGUUAUAUUGGGAUUUGGCUUAUUUUCAGCAUCUCCCACAGAUUCAUUGUUGGUUUUUGUCUUUUCACACAAUUUGUUGACAAUAAGGCAAAUAUAGCAUCACCAGCUUUAUCCUUAAACUGUCUAAAAGUGACACAGGCCCAAAGCCCUGGUUGAUUAUCAUGUUCAUCACAGUUUCUGUACACUCAUCUUGGAGAAAAUGAUCGAAAUAAACCACUGUACUAUCUUUUUAAGAGAAA